AUGGGUUCUUCUUCUCAAAAGUGGGUUAUCGGGUUACUUCUUUUCUUGAGCAUUUUCUUGGAAUUGAGUGCCAUCACUUUAGGUGAUGACAAGCUUGAAGAGUCAAGGUGGGGUAAUGAUAAUGGUUGUGGAUAUGGUAGGAGAGGUUGUGGUGGAUAUGGUGGACGCGGUGGACGUGGGGGAUGGGGAGGACGUGGUGGACGUGGUGGUCCAGGUUUUGGUGGUGGUAGAGGUGCAGGUGGAGGGUUUGGAGGCGGAGCUGGCGGAGGAGCUGGAGGCGGUGGUGGACUAGGUGGAGGAGGAGGGUUAGGGGGUGGUGGAGGAGCUGGAGGAGGUCUAGGAGGAGGAGCUGGAGGCGGUGGUGGACUAGGUGGAGGAGGAGGGUUAGGGGGUGGUGGAGGAGCAGGAGGAGGUCUUGGAGGAGGAGCUGGAGGUGGAGGUGGACUAGGUGGAGGAGGAGGAGGAGGAUUAGGGGGUGGUGGAGGUGGAGGAGUUGGUGGUGGAGCAGGUAGUGGAGGAGGGUUUGGAGCUGGUGGUGGUGUUGGUGGUGGUGCUGGCACUGGAGGCGGUGUUGGAGGAGGUGGUGGCUUCGGUGGUGGUGGAGGAGGAGGUGUUGGUGGAGGGUCAGGUCAUGGUGGUGGAUUUGGAGCCGGAGGAGGUGUAGGAGGUGGUGCAGGAGGAGGACUUGGUGGUGGAGCUGGUGGAGGUGGAGGUAGUGGUGGUGGGGGAGGUAUAGGAGGUGGUUCUGGACAUGGAGGAGGAUUUGGAGCUGGAGGUGGUGUUGGCGGUGGUGUUGGAGGAGGAGCUGCAGGAGGAGGAGGUGGUGGCGGAGGAGGCGGUGGUGGUGGUGGAGGAGGUGGUCUUGGAGGAGGCUCAGGACAUGGUGGUGGAUUUGGAGCAGGUGGUGGAGUUGGAGGUGGAGCUGCUGGAGGAGUUGGAGGUGGAGGUGGAUUUGGAGGUGGUGGUGGAGGUGGAGUAGGAGGAGGCUCAGGCCAUGGUGGUGGUUUUGGUGCGGGCGGAGGCGUAGGUGGUGGAGCAGGUGGAGGAUUGGGAGGAGGAGCUGGUGGAGGUGGAGGAUUAGGAGGGGGACAUGGUGGAGGAUUUGGAGUUGGAGUAGGCAUUGGCAUAGGAGUUGGUGUUGGUGCUGGAGCUGGAAAAGGAGUGGGUGUAGGAAGUGGCAGUGGCGGCGGCGGCAAUGGCCGAUGA